AUGUCUGAUACGGAGAUGAAUGAAGCCUCACCUGUGCCCACCUUGCCGCAACCAAACGACGGUGGCCGCAUGCAUAUGUCAUCCCUGUCAUCUUCUUCGUCUAUAUCCGACGCCGAGACUGAACGUCGGGGUCGAUCUGAACUCCCUCGGGACCACCCUGAAAUCGAGAUUGAGGAGGAGGAAUUCCCUCCCGACGACGCCCGUGCCAUGAGUCCCCGCCGAAAUUCCGCUGAUUUGGAACGAUUGGGUAAAGAAGCCCGCCAGACCCUUCAAGAGCAAGCCAAGGCCCUCCAAUCAUCCCUUCAAGCCAUCGCAGAGCGCAUUGAUGUGGUCAAAUCAGACCACGACAAGCUGGAGAAUGAGAACAAAAUCCUGCAAGAUUACAUAGGUGGCCUCACACGCAACAUGACCAAGACCGAAAUGAGCCGCAGUACGAAAGCACGCAAGGCGCAGAAGUAA